UUGCAUCUUCCUUUCUUUCCUUCUAUUUUUUUCAUAUUUCGCCGGCCACCCAACAAAGCCAACGACUUCAUCACUCCUCCUACAGCUGUCUCUCUCUCUCUCGCUCUCUCUCUCUCUCUCUCUCUCUCCCUCCCUCCUUCACCAUCUCCCAACUUUACUCUCUCUCCCCCUCUCUCUGUCCGGCCAUCUGAUUUUGUACAAGAUGAACGACCUGCUUACGGAUUCAUUUGUUGGUGAAGCAAAAGCUCAGACUUCUGGAACAGAUGAUAUUGAAAUGGGAAGGCCAGUUCCACAUAGCUAUUCCGAUGCAGGGAUGGACACUUUCAAUAAGCAGAUACAAGAGAUUGAGAAACAGGUGGAUAUGCUCUCCGGGCUUCUUAAAAAACUUAAGGAUGCAAACGAGGAGUCGAAGUCUGUUACAAAAGCAUCUGCCAUGAAAGCAAUCAAAAAGCGGAUGGAAAAAGAUAUUGAUGAAGUAGGAAAGAUUGCACGUGGUAUCAAAGCGAAACUAGAAGCAAUUAGCAAAGAUAACUUAGCCAACCGACAAAAACCUGGAUGUGAGAAGGGAACAGGUGUUGACAGAUCGCGGAUGAACAUGACAAAUUCAUUGACAAAAAAGUUUAGGGAGAUAAUGAUCGAGUUUCAGACCCUCAGACAACGAAUCCAAGAUGAAUAUCGUGAGGUUGUGGAGAGAAGAGUCAUUACAGUUACGGGAACCAGACCAGAUGAAGAGACAAUUGACAACCUGAUAGAAACUGGAAAUAGUGAGCAAAUAUUCCAAAAGGCAGUUCAAGAACAGGGACGAGGACAGGUACUAAAUACGUUGGAAGAAAUUCAAGAGAGGCAUGACACCGUUAAGGAAAUUGAGAAAAAGCUACUUGACUUGCAUCAGAUCUACCUCGAUAUGGCAGUCUUGGUCGAUGCUCAAGGAGAGAUUUUAGACAAUAUCGAAUCUCAGGUUACGAAUGCAGUCGAUCAUGUUCAAUCUGGGAACACUGCGCUUCAAAAAGCAAAGAAACUCCAGAAGAACUCCCGAAAAUGGAUGUGCAUAGCAAUCAUUAUUCUAUUAAUAAUAGUAGCUAUAAUAGUCGUUAGCGUCCUCAAACCAUGGAAAAGUGGCUAAGGGUGCUUGAGUUUGCCCUUGUCUCUUCACCGUGUAAUAUAGACGGGUUGGUUGGGAGGUUAUUUUUUGGUUUCACAUCUGUGAGGACCGAGGAGAGUGUCUUUACUUCUUUGGUUGCGAUUUUUCGGUGUCCUUUCUUCUUCUUCCUUGGCUAUAAAUGUUUUAUCUUUGUGUGUGUAUUCUUGUGAAGCUUUGGUUUAUUGAUGGUGGUGUGUCUGCAUUUCAGACUGCGAAUUGAAAACGAUUGUAAACUUGUCCUGCGGCAAAGCAUUAUAAUUUCUCUUGAUUUUAUUGACAAUUUGACGCUUUAAAAAGA